GUUGUAGAACGUUUCUCACUCACGGUGCGACGAAAAUUAUUUUAAAAGCGCCAAGCAUUACUUCUUCCCUCAGCUCCUCGAUUUUGUUUAUAAAGGCGCAUUCCUGUCGCCAUGCGGAAGAUACCCUCGCUCAAAACUUAUUUCGACGAGAUAGAAGAGACGAACGGCGAUGAUGAAUGCAGGGCCUGGUUGAACAAGGCUUUCGACGCCAAGGUUGAACUGGCAACAUUUUACGUUGGUUUCCUCAAGGGUUCCUUCAACUUCAGCUUCCGUUUCAAGUUCGACGAUGGAGGGCCAGAUGCCAUUAUCCGUUUCCCAAAGCCAGGACACACAGCUACGGCUCUAAGGGAUGAGAAGGUCGCGAACGAGGUCCAAGUCAUGGAAUAUCUCAGUCAAAAUACCACGAUCCCUGUCCCUCGUGUUCACAGUUGGGGUUUCACUUCCGAGAGCCCGCAGCAGUUCGGUCCGUUUAUCAUUAUGGACUACGUCGAGGGGACGCUCAUGUCGACGGUCCUAAAGCAACCGAUGGAAAGCAAUCAAGAAGACAUGGUCUUGGACCCAAGCAUCGAUAACUCAAUGUUGAACAAAAUCUACCGUCAAAUUGCCGAUUACCUUGUUCAGCUUUCUCAACUUACGUUCACCCACAUCGGAGCCAUCUCGAAAGACGGCAAAAUGUGGUCCGUUACGAAAAGACCGCUGACGUAUAAUAUGAAUGAGUUGGCGACUGUCGCGGGCUAUCCAAGUGACCUCUUCCCGUCCUCAACCUUCGAUCGUGCCAGCGCCUACCUCAAGUCAGUUGCGCAUAAGCAUCUGGCCCACCUUUGGACUCAGCGUAACCUUGCAGAUAACUCGGAUAUUGCACAGGCACGGUUUAUUACCCGACAUCGCUUUGUCCAGCUUAUCCCAAAAUACUGCAUCGACGACGCUGGGCCAUUUAUACCAUUCUGCGACGAUCUACGGCCUUCUAAGAUGCUUGUUCACCCGGAGACGCUUCAAAUCACAGCGGUGCUCGACUUUGAGUUUACAAACGCCAUGCCAGCACAGUUCACGUACGACCCGCCUUGGUGGCUAUUGUUGUCUGGCCCAGAAGUGUGGCUGGAUCGCGGUUCCAUAGACGAAUUCCGGGACCGUUAUGAGCCCAGAAUGGAGCAGUUCCUGCAAGCGAUGGAACUAGUAGAAGGCAUGUCUGGUCGCUUCUGGUUCAAUUACGCAGCCAAAAAAAGCUUCGAGCUGGAUGCCAUCUAUUGGGCGGCACUGCAUGACGGGGGCGGCAUUGAGUUACUUGACGACGAGACUCACGCAGAGAUGGAGCCUUUCAUAGAGAAGAAGAUGGAGCAGCUGAGGGCGUACAAGGAGGAGUGUGCUGCUCGAUUCUCCAAGCAAGCUGAUGAAUGA